AUGUCAUCAUCAUCAUCAUCAUCAUCAUCAUCAUCAUCAUCAUCAUCAUCAUCAUCAUCAUCAUCAUCAUCAUCGUCAGCAAUAUGUUACUACCGCAAUGGAACGGUCGCAACAAACGACGUUCCGUGCUCUGAAUCAGAAAUGUGUUGCCCUGAUGGUGACACUUGCAUGGAUAAUGGGCUUUGUCGCGACAAAAACAAUCAUUCGAAUGGGUCGACGACAACCUUCUCAGAUGGCGAUACCUAUAAUUACACCGGCCUCUACUAUACACCAUCCUGUCAGAAUGAGACAUAUAACGGCUGCUCAAUAGACUGCACUACUUAUUCCUCCGGCGGCGGUGAUUAUAUAUGGGCUUGCAAUGCCGCAUUGACGAGUUAUUGUUGCCACCGGUCUUCAGACGCCUUGGCCCAGGAAGACUGCUGCGCUGAGGGCACAUUUUCUUUAGCAUCCCCUCAGGUGUUGGGUCAAACAGCCAGCUCCACCGCCAGUCCUACCGCUACCUCUACUGCCUCUACCGCCUCUACCGCCUCUACCACCUCCACACAUGCAGCCAGUACCACGACUUCACAAAUAGCAAGCCCUUCGGUAACAAAUUCGGGCGAUACCUCGACUAGUGCCCUUUCUUCCGGUGCAAAGGCAGGCAUUGGAGUUGGUGUGGCGGCUGGCGUAAUAAUAGUCAUUGUGUUAGCUGCGUUAUGGUAUCGGCAUGCUCGUUCUCAGCGUGCACGCAAACUGAGAGAAGGAAGAGCAAACGAGUCAUACGAGAAACCGGAGCUUGACUCCACGCAAAUCCGGUCGAAUCGUAUAGAAGAACUUGAGGCACCAAAACAAGGAAGAUCAAAUCCCGCCGAACUGCCAGGCAGUUAG